UUCACAAAGAAACGCGCCAAAACUGAACCAUUGGCAGACGACAUCAAAAGAAAAGUUUGAGAACAAGUUCAGAAUGCCAGGCACAAUGAAAGACCCGAGAUUCGCACAUUCUGAAGGACACACAGAUCUGGUGUACGAUCCAAGCGGAAAAUAUCUACUAACCUGCGGUUGCGAUGGAGAUGUUCGCAUAUGGGAUGGCUUUGAAGAUGACGAUCCAGUUUCACACAACGUCGGAGACAGCGCACUUUCUUUGGCAUGUGUGGAGGAUCGUAUUUUUGUAUCUGUCGAUACGUACACUGUCCAUGCUUACAAAUUUCCUAGUGGUGACGUUGACGGAAGUAUUACAAGGUUCACUUCAGACGUUUACCAUGUAAGCUGCAGCGCAGAUGGAAAAACUGUUGUUGCUGGGGGUGGAGACUUUGUCAUAAAAGUUGUUGAUGCCGAUACAGGAAGCUGUAAAAUAUUAACUGGACACAAUGCCCCUAUACUCCACUGCGCUUUGGAUCCUAAAGGACGGUAUUUGGCAUCAUCAAGUUGCGACGGUACCAUCAAAGUCUGGGACAUGACGGACGAGCGACCUGUCAAGACGUGGCAGGUGCUGCCAAAGAGCAGUGACUUCUGCGUGUCAAAAACGUUAUGUCGUCUGGCUUGGUCACCUAAAGAUGGAAGGCACAUAGCAAUGCCCGUGGGAAAAGAAGUUCACAUCAUCGUUAGGGACACGUGGGAACUGAAGAAGGCUUUGACAGAUGCAUCAGUGGAAGAGAUGUUCUCGAUCGUGGCAUUCAGUGCAUGCGGCACGUUACUAGCAGCGAGUACAACAAAAGGUCAAGUUUUUAUCUGGGACUUUCAACACUUCCAGUUACUUGAAAUACACACGCACGAAAAGAACCAUGCCAUCUGUAGUAUGGCGUGGAACCCGGCUCGAAAAAAUGAGAUUGCAUAUUGUGAUAAUCAGGGCCAGCUAGGUCUGAUCGACGAUAUCGGAGACAAACCGUCUGCAAGCACUGCAGAUUCAGCUGCAGCUACAAAAUCGAAGCAGGCGACAGAUGACGAUAUGGAGUUUGAAGACUUCCCUUUCGCACUGGAUGACGAUGACGAGAUGGACAAUGUACGUUCAGACCAGCGCAAGUCGAAGCCAGCCAUAAAAGAUGACGACGACAGUGACGACCCUGAUGCUAUUGACCUGGGUGCCAUAAAGGCAACCUACGAGCCCAAAAUUUUUGGCGACGAGUCAGCAGAGGCAGAUGCAAAACCAGCAGCCCCCACUACAGUCAUACGGGAGGUGUACAGUGGGCCAGAGCCACCUCUGGUUCAAGAAGUGUUCCAGCCGGGUUCCACACCUGUACACUUGCAGCAUCGUUUCAUGCUGUGGAACUCUGUUGGGAUGGUGAGAGCAUACAAUACAGAAGAAGAGAACAGCAUCGAAGUAGAAUUCCACGACACUACUGUCCAUCACCCGUUACAUCAAAGCAAUGCCCUGGGUCACACUAUGGCAGCUCUCUCGGAAGAAGCUUUGCUCUUGGCUUGCCCACGUGAAGACAGCAGCUCCAGCAAGCUGGUGUGCCUGCACUUUGGAACGUGGGAUUCAAACAAGGAAUGGUCUUUGGAGAUGCCGGGUGAAGAGAACAUUGAGGGCAUUGCACUAGGAUCAAGAUGGGCAGCUGUUGCCUGCAGCUCAGGUUUGCUACGCUUGUUCACAUUGGGAGGCAUGCAGCAGCAGGUACUCCGUCUGCCAGGCCCUUUGCUGUGCAUAGCAGGAUCUGGGGACACAUUAGCUGUAUUCUACCAUCAAGGAGCUGGUAUCCCUGGGCACCAGUCUAUCGCAAUGGUCAGAUACCAAAUUGGCAAAAAGCAGAGUUGGCUGCGUUCCGUGCAAGUUCCGUUGUCUCACAAGGCGGAAAUUUCUUGGGCUGGGUUCACGGACGAAGGUUCACCGUGCUACGUGGACUCCUUCGGAACAGUUUGCAUUUUGAGUUCUUCUUACAAUCAUGGGUGGCUUCCAGUGUGCAACACCAAAGAGAAAACGAAGGGAAAAUCUGACCACUUCUUUGUAAUAGGAGUCAGUGAAGUUCGACAACUGGUGAGAUGCAUUCUGUGCAAGGGCACACGGUAUCCCCCAGUGCUUCCAAGGCCCGUGGUGUCUAUCCUCAAUUUCCAAUUUCCACUCGCUGAACAGGGAACCGAAAAGGGCAAGUUGGAGGAGGAAUAUGAAAGGCUCCAACUCCUAGUUGACCUACUACACUACUGGGAGGAGAAAGGAAUGGACGUCGCAGAUGAAUUGGUUCCAGCACGACAGAAGCUUAAUCAUGUUAUGCUUAAGUUAUUUGCGCUGGCCACACGUGCAGAUCGUGAGUAUCGUGCACUAGAUGUGGUACACCUGAUGAAAACUGAACAAGUCGUCCAGGGGGCAGCACAAUAUGCUGCCAAGUGCCACCACCUGGCUCUUGCGGAGAGAGUCGGACGCCUGGUGGAGGAGUUAAGGGAGGGGCAGCACAAUGACAACGAUGAAGUAGACGAAGAAAUUGAAGAGGAUCCAGAAGAGGUGGCGCUUGGAGCUGCCUCAAAAAUGAUUAAGGCUUUUAGAGAUACAACAAAAGACAAAGGAGCUGUGCUUCGCCCAAAACCCCUGUCUGUUCGCAAGGCUUCACGUGCUGAGGGAGAUACUGAACUGAAUGAAAGUGAGGUAAGAGAGAAUAAGUCAACAGCUGGCCACCUGACUGUUCAAUCUGCCCAGACAUUUGUCAAUCCCUUCAAGAAGUCAAACCAACCGCCGCAAGCAACCAAAGGACUGGACGCAGUCUUACGAGACAGCGUCACUAGGGCAGUCAACUCUUUGGAGAACAGUGAUGACAGUGUUAAGAAAGCAAAGGCUGGACCAAGACAAAUGAAAUUGUUCGAAGCGCCAAAAGGGCAAGAGAACACGCCACACCAAAUAUCUGAACAGGAAAAGGAACUUAGACCAAAAACAGGAGCUGUUGCACCAAAAAGGUCUGGCUUCCAACUCUACCUAGACUCGGUCAUGGAAGAACUCGAAUCGGAACACCCAGAAUUGGAGAAGGAUGAAUGGGUAAAGAUGGCGAUAAAGGAUUUUAAGGCACUCCCCGCCGACGAGAGAACGGAAUGGAACAACAAAGCCAAAAAUGAAGUGGAUGACGUUGUGAACCCCGCAAAGCGAAAGUCGAGCACAGAUGAAGAAAUGACGUCGGACACAAAAAGAUCGAAGCCCUCGAGCGUCAAUGGAGAAUCGAUGAUGACGACGAGUUCCAAACUGUCAAAUUUUUCGUUUAUCAAGAAAUCUUGAGGUACGGUCUCCAUUGAAAUAUUAUGGUGUAAGUACAGUACUAGAUGUGAUAUAUGUACAUUAUGCUUUGCAGUUUGUUCGUACCAUUUGUUUAUUCAACGAGACUAUGAUGCGAUAAAUUUAGAGUGUACAUUUCUUA